AUGCUGCUGAAUCGAGAGAAGGAUGCUGAUAUUCUCCAUGGAAGAGAAAAUUGUGGGGGGAUUAGAGUAAAUGGACUGGAGCUCAAAGAGAAGGUUUUGAAGAUGAAGCAAGAUGAGAUUGAUUCACAGGAAGCCAAUUCGAAGCACAUGCAAGAAACUGGGGUAAUGGGGUUCUUGGAAGAGAUUUUGGCAACCCUUGAAUCCAGUGAGGCCAAUAGGAAUGCCUUCGAAAAAUCAAUCUUCGCCGUUCUGAGCAGUUACAAGGAUUAUGAAGAGUAUGUGGAGACUGUUAAGACAACGGAGAAGAAAUUCCGGAAAUGCUACUUGGAACUUGAGUCCAGAGAGAAAAACUUGAACUCCGUUGAAGAAUCAGUAAGGCGGAGUUAUGAAGAUUUGAAAUUACUGAGGCAACAAGUUGAGGAGAGCGUCCGAGUUCGGAUCAUUGAGAAUGAGGAGAAUAGGCUAGUUGGGUUGGGAGUUAAAGAGAAGGAAUGGGAGGAGAGCAAGGAGAAAUUGGUUGAGGAAUUGAGGGAAAAAGAGAGGAAAUUGAAUGAGAAAGAGGUUUUGAUCAAUGGGAUUUCUGAAAAAUUGGAGCUUGAGAAGAAUGAAUUAGUGGGUCUGGAGAAGUUGGUGGAGGAGCGUAUUGGGGAGAGGAGAAAAGAGAUUAAGCUGAUCGAAGAUGGGAUUUUGAAGAGACUGAAUGAGCUUGAUGAGAGGGAGAAGAAAGUUAAGGAACGGGAAAAGAUUGUUAAUCUGAAGGGUUUGGAGGAUUCUUUGAUGGAAGACAGGGAAAGGUUGAUUGAGAUGAAGGAGAAAGAGGAAAGGUUGAUUAAACAGGAUCUUGAGUUAAAGGAAAAGGAGAUUGAUAAAUUGUUAGUAUUCCACGAUCAUCGAGUAAAAGUAUUCGACAUGAAGGAGAAGCAAUUCGAUGCGAAACAGAAAGAGUUGGAAAUGUGGGAGAAGCGAUUCCAAGUAAAAAAGAAAGAAUACAUGGAUGAAAAGGAAUUGUUGAACAGAGGAAAUGAGGAAUUGGAGUUGAGAAAGAGGGAUUUCCAAUGUAGUAUUAAGAACCUUAAAGAACUCGAAAUGGUUGGGGAAAAUCUGGAAGCAAAACGGAGAGAACUCAAGGGUGCGGAGAAGUGUUUGAAGGAGUGCCUGAUCCAAAACAAGCAAUGCCUGUCUGACAAGAAAUUGCUCGAAUAUGAAAUUGAGGUGCUAAAAGUGAAAAAGAAUGAACUUGAAGAUAGGAUUACACAUAGAGAGAAGCAGUUGGAAGUAGAAAAGAAAGAACUCGAAGAGGUUGCUCAAGAGCGUUUGAAGGAAUGUCGGUUGAAAGAGAAGCGAUGGCAGCUCGAAAAGGAGUCGUGGGAGAAGAGAAAUAAGGAAAUAGAACUGAAGAUGAAGGACUAUGAGGAUAAGAUCAAGCUGUUUGAAAUUAGAGACAAGUUUGAAGUGGAAUUGAAAAAAUUGAAUGAUGAACUUCGUGCUCGAGAGCCAGUUAAGGAAGCAGUUAAUGAGAGUAUGAAUAGUGGUUCUUCUCCUAAAUUUGCACUCUCUGUGAAGCUGGAUGGUCAGGACGUGCUUAUGUCCUUAAAUGGCUUUAAAAUUGACCUUAGCUCAAAGGAUGAAGUUCUAAAGGCUCUUCGAAAAUCAGGAGCCCCGGCAUACAUGGUACUAAAAGCAACAGAAUCACUUUAUCCACCUUAUCUGAAGAAGUUGGACAUGAAAUUUGAGGGAACUGUUGCCAGGAGCUGUGUUGUGUUGCUGGAGCAGUUAACUAGACUCGCCCCAACGAUCCAAUCCCGGGAGAGAGACCAUGCUCUCAGGCUUGCAUGUGAAUGGAAGGCAAUGAUGUUGACAAGGAAUUCCUUUGAGGUGUUGGGCUUCUUGUACCUUUUGGCUUCAUUUCACUUGGCUUCAGCAUUUAAUGCAGAGGAGCUCCUGAAACUUGUGGAAACUGCUGCAGAGCAUCCACAAAUACCUGCAUUGUGUGGUCAUCUUGGUUUGAAGGAUAACAUUCCAGGUCUCAUCCAAAAUCUUCUGAAAGUUACUAAGCAUUAUCUACAGGCGAUUGAAUUGAUAUAUGCCUUUGAGCUUGUUGAUCAAUUUCCUCCAGUCCCCAUCUUGAAACAGUAUUUGAAGCAGGUUAAAAGAACUGCGAAGGUAAUGCCAAGAACACGGAACAACAUGUUUAGUGAUGAUUUUGACCAACGAAUAUCUGCUGUCAAAGUUGUCCUCGGAUGUAUACUUGAACAUAAACUCGAAUCUCAAUAUUCACCUAAAGAGCUUGAAAACACGAUUAGACAGCUUUCAAUGCAGAAGGUACAACAGAAAUGUCCUGAAUCUGUUGUUCCUUCUAACGCCCAAGUCCAGAGAGAGGUCGAAGGUAGGGAAACUCCGCUUGGCUCUGGAUACGAUGUUAAUCUUGCAGCUAAAGAUCUACAAGAGGUUGAAGUCGAAAAUACUUCAUCUACUGAUUUACCAGGUUGCUCGAGGAGUGGCAGGAUGGAUCCUGAAUUUCCAAACACAGAAAUAUGCCCUCCAAAUGCUAUGGUUUUGAUUCUUUCUAAUAUGAAUGGAAAAAAUAUGCUGUCUUUCCUUGAUACACAUUUGGUUGAUCACCAGUUGCUGGAGAGUGAACUUUUUACUGCUCUCCAAAUAUCAGAUGACUCGGCAAAACUUGUGUUGGAUGUUGUUGAAGGGUUCUAUAGCUCUUACCCUCUGUGGGAGCAAGGGUCAAGGAGUUGCAUUCUUUUACUGAAGCAACUAAUGAGAAUUUCACCCCUUAUUUCUGUGGAAGUAAAGAACACGGCGCAGAAAAUAGCCUUGGAUUUGAAGGCAAAGAUAACAGCUGAGUAUGAAAGUUCGUUGGUGAUUUUGGUUUUUCUGCUAUUUACAAAUGGCUUUAGUUUAAUUUCUGCAUUUGAUGCCGGUGAAAUUCGACGAUUAUACAAAAUUCUUUCGGAGGAUUCAUCACUUCUGGCGUUAUGUCAGUCACUUGGUAUUUCAAAAUUGAUUUCUGGCUCAGUUCAUCCUGAAAUACAAGUCCAACAAAUUAGCACAGAAGAUUCACAGUUGGAUAUCAAAUCAGCAAUCUCUACUAUGUCUUUAGAAAAGGGUAUCCACGCUUUUCAUAGCAAUGACGAUAUGGAAUCAGGAGCUCAUGGUAUAUACUGCAAUCGAAUACCAAGGUUCCUUCAACAUUCAUCAGACCCAGCGCUGCUUGUUUUGGAUGCCUUGGAGUUUUGCUAUUUCUCCAACUCCCAACAGAACAAGAUCAACCAGUUGAUUGCCCAGAGUUUCUUCUACUUGCUAAAGCAACUGCUGAAUGUAUCCCCAAGGAUUGAACCAUGCGUGAAAAGAAGAGCUUUAAAAGUUGCUCAUAGUUGGAAAUCAAGCUUGUCAGGUUCAAAUUCUUGGGAGGUCUUAGCAUUCAUGCAGCUUGUAGUUGUCUAUGGCGUGUCAUCUUCGUUUAGUGCCAAAUGUCUUCUUGGUCUCUUGGAGGUUCCUCCUAAACUACUCAAGGAGGCUAGUACCUUGAUUAGAAUCCUUGGCUUGGAAUACAAGGUUCCUGGUUUUGUAACAGCGCUCAUUGCAAAGAAACAGCCCCUUCUUGCUUUCGAAUAUGUUUUCGAGUUUAAUCUAGUUGAUAAGAUUCCACCAGUGGAGCUUCUGAAGAACCAUGUCUUACAAGCGAAGAUGGCAGCCAUGGAAAUAUGCAAAGAUGAGAAAGCUACGCUUCAGGAACAAGACCGUGCUAUUUUUGAUGAAAUCUCUGCUCUUAAAGAAGUUAUGAAAUGCAUUUUGGAUCGUGGUCUUCAAAAUGAGUACUCUCCAGACGCACUCGGACAAAGAGUUGCGCAGUUAGAAACUCAAAGGGCAAAUUUGAAAGCAUCACUGUCAGCAGUACCCUUGAGCAACUCUCCAAAGUUGGACAAUGAUAAAAGAGGAUUGUGUGCAUCUGGAAAGGCCCGGUCAGAACAAGAGAAUACUAGAAAACACCCUGCCUCAAGUAGGGGCAUCGCUAAAUGGACACGAUUACCACCAUCAAAGAAGUUUCGCCUGUGA